CGAAACCGAGCGACGCGCCCAGUGUGCAAAGAUUGCGACGCCCCGAUCUCAGGGCUCCUCGCAUCUGACGCCACGGGCAAUCCGCUCCUCGCAGGCCCGAAUGGGGCCGUGGCGCCGCGCGCGGCGCCGCGGGGCCCCCGCCUCGCGCCGCCAUGGCGUGGUCCGCCCGGAGCGGCCGCGGGGCGCGGGCCCUCUGCGCGGCGGCGGCCGCGGCUGCGCUGGCCUGCGCCGGGGCUGCCGCCUGGGCCUCGCCGUCGGGGGGCUCGCGCUUGGCGCCGAGGAGGAGGCCGCCUGGGGAGUUCCGCUGCGGGCGCCGCGUGCAGGAACGGUCCCGCCGCCAGCCUGGAGCCCGCGGCGGCGGCGCGAGGCGCCGCGCGGGGCCACGGCGGCUGGCGCCCGCUGGUCGCGCGCAGGGCGCGAUUCGGCCACCACGGCCGCGACCCCUCGGGGGUCCGCCACAAGGAGGGCCGGCACCAGGCGAGAGAGGCCUCGAUGCUAUGUACCGCACUCAACAAGAUCUUCGAAAACACCGAGAUGUACUGCACGCACAAGGGCGACGAUGAGCUCCAGCGCCGGGGUGGGGCCCGCGGGCGUCGACGACGUGAUCAUGAACGAGAACUGCAAGGCCGCGUACGUCCACGUGGGGGCCGCGGGGAGCAAACUCGAGGUGCGGCAGACGAUCGUGUGGUUGGUGCGCAAUGCGCCGCAGCUCAGGACGGCCCUGGCCAGGCGGUACAAGCACAGGGCCCGCAUUCCGAAGAUGUACUUCGUGGAGUCCAAGUUCCGCGAGUGGGAGAGGCAGCUCGAGAAGGCUCGUCAGAUCCCCGAGCUGAACCUGCCCGACCCUCUCGCAAGGAUUCGGGAAAAGCUCAGCUUGGAGAACAGGCUGAAGAAAAUGGGCAUGGGUGACCCUGACAAGCCGAUCAGGAAGUACGGCUACGGCAAAGCUUUCUGAGACUGAUGUGGCACUCCCGCACCCCUGCCGUAAAAGCAAAAAGGUCGUCCCAUUGCCUUACUCUUCCGCACCCCACCGCAUCCCAGCGAUCCCGCCACA